GUCUUGAUUAUUGGAUUAACUGGCAGGUGUCUUGAUUAUUGGAUUAACUGGUGGGUCAUUAACGAUGAAGAACCUGACAAAUCUAGGAAGUAAUGCGACUCCUUGGGCUUCUGGCCAGCCUGUUGGUCUGCCACGUUGCUUUAGCAGCCAUUGGCACCAAGUCUGGAACACGUAGAGUAAACACCUGCCCUAGAUUACGCUGGUCUAGCAAUUGGAUGAAGGAUGUAGCGUGUGGCGGAGCAGCAGCUGCAUGUGAGGACUUACCAGGAAAAUGUACAUACUGUAACUCAGGAUAUCUCCUGGGCUCUGAUGAAAGAACAUGUCACCAGUGCCCAACGGAUGCACAAUGCAACGUGUGGAUGUUGACUGGAUCAGGGGACACAGAGGCAUGUAUUUGUGACCACUGUAACUAUGGAUAUGGAUUUGGUUCUGAUGGAACAUGCCAAUCUUGUAGCAGUUCUACAAUGUUUGGGACCUCUUGUACUUCAUGUGCAGUCACAAGCGCUUCUGUCAAAUCUACAGGGUGUGAAUCUUGUAGCUUUGGUAAAUACCUGAAGACCCCAGCUGGCCAGCCUGCCUGUGUUUCUUGCUCUACUGAUUAUGGAACUGGAUGUAGUACCUGUGAUGGUAGCAACUGCCUCACCUGCUCAUCCUCAUACGCCAUAAAGACAUCCGUAUCCCCCAACAUUUGCAAACCAUGCAGUGACUUCACCAACAGUGACUAUACAUGUACCUCUUGUUCAGAGACUGCUUGCAACUGCCCAAGCUCUAGCUAUAUGCAGGACACCAGCAAUGGCGAGUGUAAAAGUUGUAACUUUAAUGAUGUUGUAAGUGGUGCUACGACACACUGCACUUCUUGCGCCACAACUCCCGUAGUGGACGGUAACAGCUGGGGUAUGACAUGUAGCGCUUGCAGUUCUGGCAAAUAUCCAAGCAGUGAUGGAACAAAAUGCUUGACUUGUCGGACAGGAUGUAGUGACUGUUCUGGCCAGAUGGACAUGUUGCAGUCUUUAACUGCUGAUGCUUGCACAACAUGUGCACCUGGAUACACUAAGAAAGAUGGCCAUUGUUAUCCCUGUCCACUGACCACCAGUACAAGUUCCUAUACUUGUGAGUCAUGCCCAGAAGCUGAUGUCUACCCUGACACUUGCUCAUAUGUCACAUGUCCAAGUGGAAAGGGCCGAAAAUCAGGCGAUGAUAGUGUAUGUCUGACAUGUCCUACUGGGUGCAGUAAUUGUAAUGGUGAAGCAGAGGAUGGUAGCACUGGAGCAACAUUAACUUGUGCUGUAGGCGGAUGUGACUCUGGAUUUAGUAGAGCAACUUCUGGGGCUAACAUUGGAAAAUGUCUUGCACACACAACCAUCACAGAUGCAGAUUCAUCUUGUGCAUCUGUUGGUUUGAAGUCAGAUGGUACUGAUGUGGAAUGUCAAAGCUGUACAAGUCCAAAGGGUCUUUCUGAUACCAAAAAAUGCCUAACAUGUCCCACUGGGUGUGAUGAUUGUGCUGGCCAAACAGAGGAUGGUAGCUCAGGGGCAACAUUAACUUGUGCCGUUGGUGGAUGUGACUCGGCAUAUAGUCGAUUAACUUCUGGAUCUGACACUGGCACAUGCCUUGCUCAUAGUAGCUUUUCUGAUGCACAAUGUACACAGAUUGCAUUAAAUGAUGCUGGUGAUGGUUUAAAAUGUGAGGCAUGUACAGCAAACACACAUUAUCUGGAAACAGAUGGUGCAUGUUACGCAGUUCCUGAUUCAUCUGGUUGUUCCGCUACUCAGGGGAUAGCACGAUCAGAUGUCAAUACCUGGGCCUGUGCAGAUUGUUCUACCAUUGAUAGUAACUGCAUAGAAUGUGCUCCUAACAUGGCUGCUAGUGACUUUGCUUUGACGUGCUCUGCGUGUACUGCAAAUACUCAUGUUUUAGACUCAGAUGGAAUGGGAUGCACAGCAUGUAGCGGUACUUCUAUAACAGGCGCUACUAAUUGUCAACAAUGUGCUCUUACCUCAGCUGGUGCAGCUUAUUGUACUGUGUGUGAUGUGUCUGGUGAUAUGCGUCUUCACAAUGGAGGAUGCUAUGACAGCACUUCAAUUUCUAACUGUGGUGGGAUUACUGGAUGCACAGCUUGUUCCUCUGAUACCAAUGAAAUCACAGGUUGUAGCACAAACGGCAAUAAUGGAGUUUCUCAUUCAAAACUAGAUGCUGAUACGUCACAAACACAAUGGGGAUGGAAUUGUGAUGAAGCGCUCUCUGGAAUAACUGGAUAUGCUGACUGUACCAAUUGUGCCCUGCAAAAUAGUGAUGCAACACUUUCUCUUUUAUGUUCUGCUUGUGGCUCGAACGAACUUAUAAACAGUGGAUGCUAUGACUGCAGUGCUGUGGCUUCUCGUUGUGCAACAUAUGAAGUUGUUGAUGGCAGUUGUGCAUGUGCAACUUGCACAGAUAGCAAUGAUAACAUGAUUGGUGGAAUAUGUCUGGAUUGCACUGGUGCUACAAACUGUGCUGCAGGUGACACAUUUCAAAAUGUUGGUGGGGCCUGCAAGUGUACAAGCUGUAAUACAGAUUAUGUGUUUGACUCAAGCAACAACUGUCAACAAUGCUCUGCUGAUGUUGUAAACAGUGGUUGUGAUGGUUAUACAUAUAGUGGUUCUGCAUCUGCUUGCGAAUGUGCUGCUUGCGCUGCAGUCACACCAAUGAAAGUAGUAGCCACUUCUAAUGGACAAUGUACAGCCUGCACUGCUAACUGCGAUGCUUGUGGAGGUGAUCUAGUAUGCACUAGUUGUGAACCUGGAUAUCGUCUCCUUACUAAUAACACAUGCUCAGCAUGCAGUGAUGCAAACUGUGACCAGUGUGACAAUGAUGUUGCUGUCUGCCAGACAUGUGCCACCAAUUACAAGCCCAGCAGUGAUGGUGCCGUAUGCCUUACCGCCCCUCCAAACUGUGAUGAUUGGACAGGAGGUCUCUAUGACGGCACAAACCUAAUGUCAAUGACGUGUCUAACCUGUGCCUCUGGAUUCAAAAAUGAUGUUCUUGUUGGCAGCCAAGGAAGAUGCAGAGCAUGCCCUGUAAUGUCUGAUGGCGUGACAUGUACAACCUGUGACAGUACUCUGAAGAGCCAGUCGUGUGACACCUGCAAAUCACCUUAUACUAUACUAGCAAACAGCAACAACUGUGUGUCUUGCAAGAUGGGCUGUAGUGAAUGUAACAAUGCAGUAGACACAGUGGAUGAUAGCAACUACCUUGCAGACACCUGCACCGCCUGUAGUGAUGGCUAUGUCAUGAAUACAGUUACCAAUUUAUGUAUAAAUUGUCCUUCCCAAUGUUCUGGAUCAUGUACAUUUGAUGCAACUCUACAGAUGUCUAAAUGCUCUGCUUGUAAUACCAACUAUGCUCAGAGUGCCGCUGUAACUGAUACACAGCCACAAGGUCAUGCAUGUCAAUAUUGUCCAAAUGUGGAUAGUGUCUCCAAUGAUCACUGCUCAGUGAGGUCAUGUACUGGUGGAGAUUCCUUUGCCACAGCCUCAACUUGUGAUGAGUGUGAUAACGGUUAUGUUCCAAAAGUAACUGGCUCUAUUACAUCUUGUCAACAGUGCCCUACAACAUCAUUCUGUUCUUCUUAUGAUGCUUGUGUUAGUGGAUCAUCAGCUGCCACCCAGGACUGCAAUGGGUGUGUGAGUGGUUACGCACUAGACAGCUCUGAUAAAUCUUGUAAACAAUGUCCAACCGUGGCUUUCUGCUCUGCCUAUGGCUCUUGUGAAGUAUCAGGAGGAACUGCAAGCAGAGUGUGUACUGGAUGCACUAGUGGCUAUAUCUUAACUAAUGAUGAUCCACCAACUUGUCAAGCAUGUGAUAACACUGGGGCAUCUAAGCCAGGUAUAGCCAACUGCAACAUGUGUGAAUGGAGUGGGGCCUCACCAGAUGAAGAGAUCAACUGCUUGGCAUGUGACAGUGGCUAUUUCCUCCAUGAAGAUACAACGGGAAGCACGCCAAUCUGGACAUGCAAGCAGUGUAGUGACACUGACAAUGGUGGCAUUGAGAACUGCAAUACAUGUGGCUAUGUAUACAACACUGCUGCUAAUGCUGACUCUGCCUUACAGUUAGAAUGCUUCUCAUGCAAUGGCCAGAAUAGCUGGGAUGCCUCCCCCCACAGAUAUGUGGCCAGUGAUGGUUUGUCUUGCGUUGAUUGCAGUACAUAUGAUGAUAACUGUAACUUGUGUACUGAUCCACUGCCAACAUGUCUUAGCUGUGAUUCUGGCUUCACUUUCUUUGAAUAUCAGGAUCAUAGCAUGCAAAUGGAAGCUCCUCAGUUCCCACCAAGGCUAGACAUCUACUCAGCUGGUUAUCCUACCACUGGUGGCUUUUGUAAAUCCUCAUGUGACAUGUGCUUCACUGCCACUGAGGAUGCUGGUUCAGGCAACAUUACUGCUGAUGAUACUCCUGUAGUCAGUCCAAAUGGGCCCAAGUGUAAUGGAAAUGAUGUCAAUGCAACAGCUCUCAAGAUGCCUUGUGAUUUUAAUGACAAUUUUGCAUGCUUUUCGACAAGAUUUGACCUUGGGAGCAAGUUCAAGGGUUCAUCUGACGCUGAGCUUCACUACAGAGGCUGUUUUGCCAAGGAUGUUUCAUUUGAUGUGCAUGGCAUUAAUUCUACAUAUACGUGCGAUGAUAAAUCCAAGGCAGACGAUGGGUUCUUCCAGCAGUUCACCAGGGGAGAUGGCCAUGUUUCGUUUAAUCAAUUCUGCUGUGAAACCACAGAUUGUAACACUGCUGUACAAGCUGACCAUCGUCCCAACAGCGCUGGAUCUGUAGUGGUUAAUAUUCUACUUGCUGCUGGAGCAACAUCCAUAGCUCUACUGUUGUAAUCUAACUAUAGCAACAACAAUUUAACCAUGGUAACAACAAUCUCACCAUGGUAAUGACAAUUUAACCAUUGAAACAAUUGACUCAUAGAAACGACAAUCUAGCUUUGCCAAUGAUAAUCAUGAAACAAUCUGCAAUGACAACGGACUUUGCUGACACAUUGUGAUUUUUACAAUUGUGCUCUGAUUUGUAUAUAUUUGUAGCGUAUCUGUGAUAAGAGACUUCUAGAAGCUGUGUAUUCAGGGGUAAUGUUCAAUAUUCAAUAAAUUCAGUUUUAUCUGACUCAAGAGGGACCUGGGAUAGUUCUAUACUAAUAUUGAUAUGAAUGUUUUACGAUUUUGUUUCAAUUUAUUGAUAUUGCAAUAUUGCCCCAUUUUACUCCAGGUUUUUGUAUUUUUAUGUAUGACAAUCAUAUUAUAAAAUGACAAUCAUAUUAUUUUACAUAAUAAUAGCAGGGUAACAUGGCUCUGUGGGUAGCUCAGGCAAUUUAGUGUACCUAUGUAUAACUAAGAACCUUGAAUCCUUUUGUCAAUUAAGGAAAUAAUCGAUUUACAAAAACAGGGUAAAAAACAAACAGUGUAAAACACAGUAUUUUUUAUACAUGUUCAUAGAUGUGAGGCAGUAAUUGAAUAUUUUUAUAUCAUGUGAAAAAUCCGCCGAAUUCCGUCCAUAUAUUAAUUAGUUCUGGUUGAUUCCAGUUAAUGAUGUUU